UCUACUGUAGAAUGCCAACGGAACCUCAUGCCAGACAAGAGUAUGCUGUGUGGGGGAGAUCGAUUGUAAAGAAUUAUGGAAGUGGAAAGAAAAAAUUUCAAGUCCUCCAGAACUUAGAUAUAACAGUUCAGCGUGGAUGCAUAUAUGGCUUGCUAGGUCCAAGUGGUUGUGGUAAAACUACAUUGCUUCGAUGCAUUCUAGGUAAAUUGCAUUUGGAUGGAGGUCAUAUGGUUGUCCUCGGCAACAGACCUGGUGCACCAGGACAUGGAGUUCCAGGAAGUCUUGUUGGCUAUAUGCCACAGGAGACAGCACUGUUUAAUGACUUGACUAUCGGUGAAACGUUGAAGUACUUUGGGUAUAUCCAUGGUAUGUGUAAAGUACAUAUACAGAAAAGAACAGAAUUUCUACUGAAUUUUUUAUCACUGCCAAAACAGAACAGACUAAUCAAUACUCUCAGUGGUGGCCAGAUGAGAAGAGUAUCAUUUGCAGUUGCUUUAUUACAAGAACCAGAACUCCUGAUUUUAGAUGAACCCACUGUGGGUGUUGACCCACUUCUUAGAGAAAGAAUAUGGGAACAUUUAAUCAAUAUUUCCAAAGACAGUGAACAUGAAACAACAAUAAUUAUAACAACACAUUACAUUGAGGAGGCACGACAAGCAAAUAUGGUAGGCUUAAUGAGAAAUGGUAAAUUAUUGGCUGAGGACAAUCCACAGAAACUGGUGGAUGCAUUUAAAAUCAAUAGUCUAGAGACUGUAUUCUUAAAAUUGUGUCAUGAUGAUCAACCUGAUGAAGAGAUAUUAAACUGUAAUUUUUCAAGGAAUGCAAUAUUGAAUAGUCAGAAGAAAAGAAUAUCAGCUGAUAAGCGUACUGUUGUGAAUGAGACAACUCCAUUAAUUGGUGUCAGUGGAAAUUCAAAUGAUUAUGAUAUGAUGCCUCCUAAUACUCAGCUGUUUGAUUGUCGUUGUGGUUGUCCAUCAUUUAAAAAUAUAUUUGCUCAAACAGUGAAAAAUCUUACAUUAAUGAAGAGAAAUAUAGGAUUUCUGUUGUUCCAGUUUAUUUUGCCAUCAAUACAGAUAAUUCUGUUUUGUAUAUGUAUUGGAAGAAAGCCAUAUGACCUUACUAUGUCAGUUGUCAAUGCUGAAACAGGAGUCAUCAAGUUCAGCAAUAUGUUUUUAGACUGUUUAGAUACUUCAGCAAUACACAAUGUAUCCUAUAAAGAUCUGCCGUCAGCAUUAGAGUCAGUCAGAGAAGGAAAGAGUUGGGGAGUCAUCAGUAUUGGUCAAAAUUUCUCACAGGACUUACUUCAAAGAUUUACAAAUACUAAAAAUAUAUCUAACGCAACUAUAAAAGGAAGUGAAAUCAAGUUGCAUUUAGAUAUGACGAAUCAACAGAUAGCAUUAACAAUACAGCAGUCAGUCAUGUUAAGCUAUGAGAAGUUUACUACUAUAUUACUGAAAAGGUUCAAUAUGAAUCCAUCACUUGGACAGUUACCUGUAGUUCUUGCAGAACCAGUGUUUGGUACAAAUGAUCCAAGCUUCACUAAUUUUAUGGCUCCUGGAAUCAUACUCAGCAUUACAUUUUUCAUGGCUACAGGUCUGACUACAUUAGUAUUUGUAACAGAGAAAAAGGAAGGAUUACUUGACAGAUGUAUGGUGGCAGGUGUAUCAGCAUUUGAGAUUAUGUUAGCCCAUGUGUUUACACAGUUAAUUGUUAUGGUAGUACAAGUUGGUUUGUUACUGGUAUUUGCUCUUAUAGUUUUUAAGGUUCCUUAUGAAGGACCAUUAAUAUGGGUGAUACUACUUGUGUUAGGUACAGGGUUUUGUGGAAUGACAUUAGGUGCCAUUUUUUCAGCAGUAUGUGACAAUGAAACAUCAGCCAUACAGUUAGCUUUAGGUUCUGUUUAUCCAAUGUUGUUACUGAGUGGUAUAAUAUGGCCAUUAGAAGCUAUACCAGAAUGGAUGAGAUACAUAUCUAUGUGUUUACCUAUGACCUAUGGCUCACAGGCAAUGAGGUCUAUUCUCAGUAGAGGCUGGGAUAUAACAUUCAUGGAAGUAUGGAGAGGUUAUCUAGUAACUUUUGGAUGGAGUUGUGGAUUACUGGCCAUUGCUGGAUUUAUACUUCGUAUACGGCAGUGAUAACUUAGGACCAUUUAGUGGUUAAUGUCUAUGAUCUCUUGGAGCAAUAUUGAUAUUUGUUUCCAUUUAUGUCUUUCAAGAAUAUUUUUGUAGGGAAGAUUUUUAAUUUGUAAAUUGCCAUCAGUAUUGUAUCCCCUAUUUAGCUCACUAAAUUGUUCAGUAUCAGCUAUUUAUGUCACCACUUGGCAUCCAUAACCUUUCUUUUAAUAUCUUUAAAGCAUUUUCUCUGAAACAAUAGUGCUAGUUGAAAGCAGAAUUCCAUUAAUUAGUUGGAUGCUUAGAUUCAAAAUGUUUUUCUUUUUUCUCCAUACCUGUUGCUUUAAAAAUACAAAAAAAUUAAAGAAACCUGUAAAACAACCAUUGGCACUAGCCUUCUAACUUAGGGAAUAUGAUACACUGAUUAUUUACUUUAAUUAUAAUAGUUGACAAUCCUAACUACUUCCAAAUAGAACUACCAUAGGUACUAGAAAAAGACAAUUUAGAAUUAGACCAGACUUCAAAAACUGGAUGCAAACAUUGGAGUUAAUUAUAUAUAUGACCAAAAGGAAAUCAUGUAUUAACACUUUGAAACCAUUGUAUUAUGCCUAAAUGAUAAAAUAUAUAUAAUUUUUGUACAAGACUGCUAUUAUUAUAGAACAAAGCUUCUUCUGGAUACAAUUGGAUGAACAAUUUAACUGUUUCAUAGAUUAAACUAGUGUUAGUAUGUUCCCUAGAAGUUGUGUUUGUUUGUACAUAGAAGGAUCCAGAAGUUUGAAAUUAAGGGUACAAGUUUAGAACAUGAUGAUAGCUAUACUGAUAGCAUCUCUGGUCACAUGUCUUAUUGUGCACUAUUUCCACAGAAUAUUGAGCUGCCACUUAAUGUUAUAUGGAUUCUAUUUUGAAUUUUUUAUACUUUGUUAUUUUGAAAACUUUACUUGCAUAAUCACUGUACAAUUUACACUGCUAGUUUGUUUUGUUGUUAUUGAAUUUGAGAAUUUAUAUUAAAACUUUAUCAUUAUCUGUAAUUACCAAACAUGAAUUUUUUAUCAGUAUUAAUGAUGUAAUUUUUUUUUUUUAUUAAUAUGCAAUGUGUGUGUAACUUAUGUUUUUUUUGCAAAUAUCAAUGAAAAACAUAAAAAUUAUUUUCUAUAUGCUCUUCAUACCAAAUAGAUUUCCAGAUUUCAACACUUACGUAUUGAUUGCCUGGCAACUCAUAAAAUUUCUCAAUUUGGCUAAAUCGUUUCUAAACAAUAAGGACAUGAUAAGUGACACAUUGUGGAUUAUUUAUUAUUUGUGUGAUACCAUUGUUCAUGGGUUUUGUGGGUAUAGGUUAAAUACGACUAUAAAUACUUCAACAAAGCGCACUUUUUCUAUAGGCUUGCAUGCAAACUUUGGCAAAACCACGAAAUCAAAUUUUCACAAAAAUACGAGCUUUCCUCAAUCCACCAAAAUGAAAUCCACAGUAACUGAUAUUGAAAAUUUCAGCAAUCACUUAAGGAAUGGUUGAAUCAAAGCAAGUUCAUCUACUUUGGAUGUUUUAUAAAUCACAGGAUACUAAAUAUUGUUCUAUUUUUAGAAGUGGUGUUUUCCUAGUCAAUUGCUACAAAUAUAGCACCUCACACAAUGCAUUCCCUUUUGGUGAAUACCGCAUAAAGAAAGAAAUGAAAUCCAAUGGAAAUGCAGCCAUUAUUAUAAAAAAAAAAGUCAGAAUCAAUUCUUUACAAAAUUUUUUAAAAUAAACAAGAUGUCCUACACAUCAGUGAUGUAUUGAGGUAGGGCUUGUAAAGUGUAUGUCCCCCCCUAUUUUGUUAAGAAAAAAAUUUUCUUACUAAGCUCUGCUGUAUUUUAUCAUUACAGACAAUGACACGCUCAUUUCCUUUAUGUUGAUAAAGUCCCAAAAUAUUGAAAUUUUUAUGAUGCCAUUUCAAGAUAACUUAGAAAUUCGAGGUGUAGGAUUGUACACUGAUAUAUAUUCAAUGAAAAAUGUUAUGUGAUCUAAAACUUUCCAUAUACAACAGAUAUAUAUAUAAUCCUCAUUUGAUAUAAACAGUUAUAUUGUAUGCCAAACACCUAGUCAAGACUAUGAUAUUAUCUAUUAGUUUGAUGUUAAUACCACAACUAUCUGUAAUGAAUAAUUGACAAACAAUCUAUCAAUACAAAGAAACAGAAUAUAUAGAAAAUUUGUUCUUGAAAACCACUUUAUUGUUCAUGUAAAACAAGCUUUAAGUUUUAUUGAGACCUAUUCUAAAUAACUGACAAUUCCUUUUGGAAAUGGUAACAGGAUAGACAAAAUCUUGCAUAAACUAUCAAAAAAUGUUUCAAUGUAUUAUUGUAUUACAUUAUUAAGACUGCAUUGUUUGAUGUUGUUCAAUGAGUAUUGGUUUAUGAUUUGAUUAUAAGAUGAUGGUUUAAACUAGUAACUUUUAUUCAAUUUUUUCUUUAAAUGACCCAUGUAUGUUUUUAUUAAUGCAAAAACUAAAGGAUGAUUAAACAAUUCAAUUCAAUAUUUAUUUACAUCUCACCUGUUGCAUACAAAUAAAUAUGCAUAGUCAUUAAAGAUACAUUUUGGUUUAUACAUUAGCCACUCUGUACAGUUUAUGAGAGACUAUAACAGCGAAAACAAUAUGUUUAUACAUUAAAAAUUAAACAUGAAUAAUAAAAAUGUAAAAAUUGUGGUAUUAUUUACAAUAUAAAACUUUUCAGAAUAAAGUUACAGGUUUUGGCACAUAAUCUAAUAAUAUCUUGAUUCAUGAAUAAAAAUACCAUUUUCUGACAGUCUGUUAAACUAUUAAAAUUUUCAUCAAUUUAUAGAUUAAGUGAAAAGAAUUUGGCUAAGACCAUUAUAAACAGGACAAUGUAAAAUAACAUGUCAGUAUUCUAUCUUUCUCUUCUAAGUUUUCAAGUUUUGAUAGUAUUUCAUGAGGACCUGGAUGGGGUCUAAAGAACAGAGGAUAAUGGGCCAAUACGUACUGCAGAAAAAUGGUCCAAACAAAUAAAGAAUAGAGAAAAUAAGGCAAAAGAAAAUAAUAAAAAAAAAAUUAAAUGCUGAAAUAUAUAGAUAAGAGAAUAAUGAGAAAAAAAUAUGAAGAAUAAAGAAAAAUGACCGAAAAAAAUAAAGAAUACAGAGAUAAAGGACCCCCCCCCAUAAUCCAGACCCUGAGUGACAGUUAUUAGGGUAAAAUCUGUAUUUAUAUGGGUUAGAUGGAGGAACAGUUUUUGGUUUUCUUGUUAAUACUGCACAGAAAAACAGGUUAAAACGGUAGGAAAGCUAGUAGCUAGGUGAUUCAAAUUUUUGCUCACUAUUAUAAUGUGAUUUAUGAAUAAAUUGCCACUAAAUGUAGUGUCUGAUCUUGAAUUUUGACAAAUUUGCUGACAAGUAUUUGUUGUUUCAUAAAUCUUGCACUUUUUUGUUGUUGACAGAACACAUAUAUACCAAGAGAGUUGAAAGAGAAUUUAGAUCUUUUGUUUUUGUUUAUUUAUUACAAAUAUCAUUAUUUGACAAUAAACAAAUAGAUGUUUUUGUAUUUGUAUUCUGUUUAAAACUUUAGAUAUAUAAUUUGUUAACAAAAUGUAUAUAAAUAAAAAAAAAACUAACAUGA